AGUCUGACAGCGAUAGGAGCUCUGCCGAGAUACCUCCGGUAGACCUAGACCUUUUGUUAAACGUCUCGGAAUUCAUUGAUCCGAUUGAAUUAUACUCUUGUUGAAUUCAAAAUUAAACAUUGAGAUCUCAAUUUUGUUCUUACUGAGAUUUUUGUUUGGAUAGUUUUUUUUCUUCUGGUAGUACCGGGUGGUCAAUUUUGAAAUUUUUGUUAAUCGAUAUUCGCGCAACGCGAGAGUUUCCACGAGAUAAUUUAGAGCAGGAGUGAAAUCAUGAAGAUCCUGAUAUUCAUCUUCGGACUGAUCCUGGUCAAUCAAGUUUUGGGAUACCCGACCCAGGAGCGACUCAUGCCAGACGGAGCGCCGGUUCCCGAGGACGCAGUCGGUCACGAGGAUUCUGUAGCAUCAGCUUCCGAGAUCGACGGAGACGAAUAUGAUGACUCGGACAUGUAUAUGGAGCCCGAUGGUGCUGAGACGGUACACAAGGAAGAUGCUGGUCCAGCGGAUGCUGCGGAAGAACCGAAGGAAGUCAAAGCUACGGAAGAUGGAGAUGAGAUUAAUUCCGAGGACAAAGAUGAGAAAUCAGACAAGACUACUCAGCAAGGAGAUCUGAGUGAUAAGAGUCUGGAAUCUGAGAGUCAAAAUUUCUUCCCCUCGUUCGCUGAGCUCUUCACUAAUCACAGAUUGCCGAUCGACGAACAACAGCAGCAGCAGCACUACAGACCCAACAGAUUCCUCGGAUACUUUCAGCGGGACCGCAAUGCUUAUCAAGCCGCAGCAUCCGAUAACAGCGAUAAUAAUAAUAAUGACAAACCUCAUCCCCUUCUCGGUUCUGGAAACUUCGGCGUCAUACGUGGCGGCACUUACUACCCUGAAGAGAAGGAGAAUGAUGAAUACACCGUAGACGAGACCCUCUACAACCCUUAUUUCCAAGAGAUCAAUUCACGUGGCAGAUCUAAUUAUUAUAGAAAUCCAAAGCCACAGCCUGUGAGAGGUGGUGACUUUUUUGCGAAUUUCCGUGAUUUCGCGGAUAUCACGGCACCUCCGAAAUCCAGUUUCUCUCAUCUGUCCGUCGUGUAUGCUAAUAAGAAUGGUACCAGGGGUCGCAUCACGGAGCCUAGAAACAUCAUAGAGACUCUGAGGAUGCUGGAAGAGGAGUCCGAGAUGACGACCACCGAGCUGCCCCAGAAGAAGCUGAGCAACGGAAAGCGGAAGCUGCUCAAGAUGAAAAAGUAUCAGGAAGACAAAGCAAGAAAAUCACGUGUCACGGUCGAACCCUUGCUUGCACUGAGCUGAGCGUCCUGUAGGGUGGAGCUAGGGUAAAGCUAGGUCAUCGCUUCGGGACUCUUCCCACAGAAUCUGGCCCUCAGAUCAGAACCAAAGUCUGACGCGUCAUCAUCCUACGAAGACACAGAGAGCGAAAUUUCGACACAGAACUCGGCCGGAAACGUGCGAUGGAGACGAGAAGCGACACGGGCGUCACGAGAACGCUUGGCGACGCUAUUCCAUUUGCAAAAUAAUUCGCGCACCUGUGACAUUUCGCGUAUGACGCGAAUGUGUAACGAGGACACGGAAUAUUCUUGGCUAAUUUCACGGUUUCGUAAUUACCAUAUAUGCAUGGAUACUCUCGCGCUUGUAGGUAUUGUCAUGUUUUUUUUUUUAUCAAUUCAUUUUUAUUGCAACUCCUGUCUUUUUCAUAUUGAGCAAGUGAAUUUUUUGCGAUUACUGCGAAUUCGCUAUUCUUGUCAUUUUGUUACGUUGAAUUAGCGACUGAUCUUACGUUCGCUUGAAUAUAUUGCAAAAUUAUUUAUAACAGAGUCGGCUUUCUUUUAGCGGGAUUCCAAUAAUUACUGGUUAAUUCUUUAAUUUACUUUAAUUAAUUUGUCGGAUUAUUUAAUCGACCGAUCACUCCUUCUUACGAAAUUCGUAAACGCUCAAUAUCUCUAUAGACUCGCCAGCAAAACUUCAUUGAACCGCAGCAAAGAAAACCUGGCCACAUUAAUUAUUCGCGAAUCAUCGGAAAUAAGUGAAAAAAGUAAAAAAAAAAAACAGAAACACAGAGUACAGUCUUAUCAUGCUGGAAAUUAUUGUACUUGAAUUCCAGCAGGACGAGAUCGAUGAUCCUGUACGAAAUCUACGACAAAGUUGCGCUUCGAUCAUAUUAAGAAAAAAGGAGAUAAAUCUCUCAACCUUGUCGCGGAUUUCAUAAAAUUGUUAUAUUAUUUGUUGUUGACUAUUGUAGCAUGAAGUAGGCUUACUAAAAAAAAACACCCAUCUAAAAAUAUCUAUCCUAGAAAAAUUGUGUGCUCCUUUCUUUUCCCCCACCUCUGGGGCACGAAAAAAAAAAAUGAAUAAACUAUAUUUUUUUUUUAA